GUGUCUCCGUUCAAAAUUCCGUGCCGAGGAAAAAGUUUUAUUGUCCACGGUGUAACAGUGGUUACACCAGACUCUCCGACAUGAAAACCCAUUGCCAUUUCCAGUGCGGUAAAGAGCCCCGUUACCAGUGCCCGUAUUGCACCAAGAAGGCGAAAUUCUCCUCGAACAUGUACGUCCACGUGCGACGCAUGCACAAGGACGAGAAGUUGCAGAUUAUCGACUUGUAUAAACAAUUGUCCAGGGUUUCAAACAAUUUGCCACGUCAAGAAUGUUAUUGAGCGCGGGACACCGUGGCAGGCUUUACAGAAGUUUCAUACCGAACAGUACGAGGUAUCCUUGCGCCAAUUGCACGAGCGUAUUCGGCCAGAAACGAAGCCUCCUCACGCACUUGAGAUACGAGUGCGGCCAACCGCCUCGCUUCAAAUGCCCUUACUGUGAUCUGAUCUCGAAGAAGACGUCCAACAUACAGAAGCAUAUACGCCGAAAACACGAGGGGAACGCGGUCUACGUUCAGGAUAUUUAUCUACUACCAAAUCUGACCGUUUGAACCACGCAUUCGUCGUCUCGUUUUAUUCACGAACUUCUUCCUUUUUUUUUUCUUUCUUUCUUUCUUUCUUCGAAAU